UUGUGUCUACGGGAUGCUGAGCAGGCGGGCGGGGCUGUUUUUCCUUGCGGUGCCCAGCCGUGGAGUGAUGUAGCAAGACAUAGGGACAGAGCGGGCACAGGGGGAAGCAGAGCAAACGUCUGUACGGUUAGUUUUAAUUAAACUCGUUCAAACCUGUGUAGUUUAGAAACACAAUGGAUAAUAAUCGCAUCUAACGCCAACAGUAGCCUACUGCAGCCGUCCCGACACACGGACAUCUUGUUUCUUUAAUACAAGGCCCACCGGAGGAGAGAAAUAUCUUUUUUUUUUUUUGCAUUUUGGAACCGGUGCAGGUUGCAUUGUAGUGGAGCUCUCGAAAGCUCACCAUGGCGUGGCCCUGUAUCAGCAGGGCGUGCUGCAUGGCCCGCUUCUGGAAGGAGCUGGACAAGGCUGACAUUGCGGUGCCUUUGGUCUUCACCAAGUACACGGACGCGUCGGAGAUGCAGCACAUCCAGCUGCAGCCGCCGCUCCACCCUUCCCAGGCCCGGGUCGCCAUACAAACGCAGCCGUCUCGCGCAGAAAGCCGCACCACGACAGCGGAACGCGCGCCGCGAAGGUGCGUCUCCGAGGAGCGCGUGUGCAGCUCGGUGAUGCGCGAGGACUAUAAGCACUGGAGAGUGCGACCCGAACCGAGCUGUAAACCCAAGAACGAGUACCACGGACCGGAAACGCCGUUCAACAGCGAGACCCAGUACCAGAAGGACUUCAAGCCCUGGCCGAUCCCGAAAAGGCACGACCAUCCCUGGAUACCCAAACCGCCUCCAACCACCUCCGCCGGUGAAGACCGGGCACCGGACAGGUCCAGGCACGCGAAGAAGCACGCGGCGCUGGCGGAUGCGGAAAGCGGCGUGGAGAAGAGCGCUAUUGCCGACAAGGUGCAGGAGAAAGACCUCCUGCAGGGGCAGGAAAGGAAAAAGAAGUCCAGUAAACAGGAGGGACAGAAGAAAGUUGUCCUGAAGGUGGAAGGAGAGGGCAGAGGGAGGGCGGCGGCGGACGCAGUGAACAGGCAGAUCAAAGAGGAGAUUACAGGCGGCAGCUCAUACAAAAAUGAGUACAAGGCUUACACGGAUGUGAAGCCGACAAAGAUGAUCCGGGCCAGGUCCCAGUACCUGCCACCGGACGGGAAGAGCUGCCAAGAGACCAGCUACAGUUCCACCUACAAGGGGCAAGCCCCGCUGCAGCCUGCUAACAACAAGGCCCUGGAGAGAAGGAGGAUACGCAGUUUGUACAGCGAGCCUUACAUAGAACCUGCCAGCCAGGUUGACAGGUAUAGUUCCCCUCGCUCUAAACCCAAAAAGCCUGGAGCCGCAGGCCGGGAUAAGCCAGUGAAGAAAGCCAAAGAUAAGCAGAGCGCAGCACUGAGGGGCUCCAAGAAGGCGACCUCGGAGAACCAGCCCGAGAACCGGCCGGCGGUGGGGGACAAGGAGAAAAGUAAAGAGAUGAACAACAAACUGGCUGAGGCAAAAGAGGUUGUGCUAAAACAGUACCACUACAUACAACUCUGCCAGCCAAUCCGAGAUAUUGGCUGGGUGCAGACUCUAAAGCAACACCUGUGGGGCUGUGCACUACCCAAUCCCAGAGAUGCUAAAGACGAGGUUCUCCGACCCAAUUAUCAUCAUUCCCAGGGUGCUGCUGGAGGAGAACCACAACCACCACUGGAAAGACCCGAACCUCGGAGGAGCGGUGGGGUCGUACGCUUUGCCCUAGAUGGGAACCAGACUGAGUAGUUCUGCCUGUCAGUAUGGAGGCAGAUACACUGCUGCUCUGUACUGUAAAUAUCUAGUAUUUGCAACUAAGUUGGAUUAGGAAAAGAGGCGAAUCCCACACAAAAGAAAAGCAUAUCCAAGAGGAAGCCCACAUAUUUGAAACACGCAUGUUUGACAGCUUUUGGUUCUAAGGUCACAGCUGUUUGACCCAUGGCAUUAUUGCAAAGGUGCUACAUCAUUUUCUGGUUUCAUGCAACUUACUUUAAAAGAAUAUAUCAGUAUUAUUAGAUAUGCCACACCAUGAAGUGCUUACACAACAAUUACAAAAAACUGUACUGUACAUUAAUCGGUU